AUGACCCCUUUCUUUCUAGAGUCUGUGUGCCCGACACGAAUCCCAGUGGCCUCUCGUGAUGAGAAAGGCUUUGAGCUGAUGGUGGGCAUGAACAUUCAGAGCAAGGCCAAGAAGAUCCCUGGCUCUCUGAUCUCCGAGACCGCCUAUGCUUUGACUGCGUCCACAGACAUUACUGAGAAUACACGAGAGAUUUUCCCAGAAGGCCUCCCUCCAUCCUAUGUGUUCGUAGUCACCCUGCGUCUAAAGGGGUCUCCUAGCAAGCUGACCUUUGAUAUUUGGAGGGUGCUGUCUAAGAAUAAGGAGAUCCAGGCUGCAGUGACACUCAGCGGAAAGGACAGAAGUGUCAUCUUCACCACCACCAGUGCUACUAUUUUGACAGGGUUACCCAGAAGAUUAAGGUCAACUAAUCUCCUUUGGAGUGGAGACACAGAGGCAGCCCUUGAUUUGUUACAGGAUGAUGUCCUCGUGGCAGAUCCAGGCACCAAAUGUCACUACAGCAAUGUUGCUUUUUCCCUAUUGGCCAACGCCUUGGCCCAGAAGGUGACUGGCUCAAACUUUGAGAGCUGGGUGUCAGAAAAUGUUCUGGAGCGGCUAAGCAUGGAGGAAACUGGUUUCAACAUAACUCCAGUCAUUCAGAGGCAGAUGGCUGUGGGCGUGUACAGCAAUGGCCAGCCGGCUCCCCUCUACAACCUCGGCUGGUAUCGACCUGCAGGUCAGAUGUAUUCCACAGCAGCUGACAUGGCCAAGCUCAUGAUGGCUCUUCUGGGUGCUUAUGGUGGGACCCUGCUCCGCCAGGACACCCUGAAGACCAUGCUGACCCCCGUUUUCCGAUGCCACAGCAGCUACUUUGCCAACUCCACUGGCACACCGUGGGAGAUCAACGAGCAGUUUGGCUAUGAUGUGGUGAGGAAGGACGGGGACUUGGACGGCUAUGCUGCCACCUUCUCCAUGGUGCCACGGCUCAAGCUGGGACUGGUGGUCCUGAUGGCCGGAGUUCGGCCUACAGACCAGGACCUUGUGAGCCAGGCCUACAGCUAUCUAAUCCCUGCACUGGAGAGCGCUUUUAGGAAUGCUCAACGAACUCUCACACCGCCACCCGACCCAGCUCCAUAUGUGGGCUUUUUCACUUACAGGAACAUGACUUUCUAUGAGAUAAAGGUGGACUCAGACGGGGUACUGGUUAUGCAGCAGUUUGGACCACAGGUGGACACAACUGUGCCGUCCAAGUACCGAACUAUUCGGCUGGAUUACCUGCAGGACAGGGUGUUCAGGGUGGUGUUUGAGAGCCCGUACCCUUGCAAGCUGAAGGUUAACAGUGCCUCGGUCUCCCUGGAGGCACAGGACAGACAACUCUUCAACUUUUACGUCUUCAGCAAGAAAGGUGUGUCACCAGGGUUUGAUUCCCCAGGACUCAACACUUACAGGGUGACGAGGAUACCUGGCAGACCAUUCUUUACUUCAUAAAGACAGGAAUUCAACUUAGAACAAGGUCACUCUAAGAGGGUUCAGUCGAGGAUGAACCCAGUGGGAACUUGAAAUACAUGGCAUGGCAGUUUUGGACUGUUGGGUUAGUGAACAUGUGUGGUCAGUGUCAUGAAAUUCUCUCUUGCAAAUUUGAUUAAUCUGCACUUGUAUUUUAAUAUUAUUAUAUAUAUCUCUGCUCAUAAUAUCCAUUAUAUCAUUUAGUCUUGUCCAAAUGUCCAAAGGAAUCUUUGAAAGUUAUUCUUCUGCUAAGUAACUAGCAUAAGCAAAGCAAAACUGAUGUAUUAUGUUUACUGUAAGUAAACAAGUAAGUAAGUGUUUGCUAUCAUGUGUUUGGUUAAUGUGGCAGUAUUCCUCUUUAACCUCUAAGUGCCUUGAAUGU